AUGUCGCCCGCCGCCGUCGAAAUCCGAUCACCGGAUACCUUCUCUUCCAAGGCUAAACCCUCCUCCACUUCCCCCAACCCUAACUCUAGCCCCGACUUCACUGCAUUUCCUCAAACCGACCACUCCCGAAUGAAUUCUUCUUCUUCUUCUUCUUCUUCGUUUUCUUCGAGUUUCGGCAAUCCAGCACAGUGUCAACAAAAAGAUAAGUCUACAUACCAUAGUGAAGAGGAGAAUGAACGGUUCAAACCAAGGUCUAACUCCUCUACUGCUGCAGUCCAUGAAGCCUGUGAGAUGUGGCGACUCAGGGGAAAUCAAGCUUAUAGAAGUGAUAAUCUGUCUAAAGCUGAGGAAUUUUACACAGAGGGGAUUAACUCUGUCCCCUCAAAUGAGACUUCACAGUGCUCCAUCAAGCCUCUUGUCCUUUGCUAUAGCAACCGUGCAGCCACACGGAUAUCACUUGGUAGGCUGAGAGAAGCCUUGGCAGACUGUCUGAUGGCUACGGCUCUUGAUCCCAAUUUUCUCAAAGCUUAUGUCAGAGCUGCCAAUUGUCACCUUUUGCUGGGGGAAACUGAUAUUGCCAUACGGUAUUUCAGUAAGUGCUUAGGUUCAGGAGCUGGUGUGUGCUUGGAUCGCCGAAUUACAAUAGAUGCUGCAGAUGGCCUCCAAAAGGCUCAGAGAGUGGAUGAGCUUACAGAUCGUUCUGCAAUACUUUUGGAGCAGAAGUCAUCCAAUGCAGCAUCUAGUGCAUUAGAUACAAUUGCUGAGGCCUUGUCUAUUAGUUUAUAUUCUGAAAAAUUGCUUGAAAUGAAAGCAGAGGCUCUUUGUAUGCUGAAGAAAUAUGAAGAGGCAACUCAGUUGUGUGAGCAAUCUCUUUAUGUUGCUGAAAAGAAUUUUUCUAAAGCGGAGACUGGUAACCAGUUAGCAAGCAUAGAUGGUUCGAGAUGUUAUUCUAUUCCAAUGCUGUGGAGGUGGCACUUGAUGUCCAAAUCAUACUUCUAUAUGGGAAAGCUUGAGAAGGCACUUGAUUUACUUCAGCAGCUUGAGCAAGUGGGAUCUGUGAAGGACAAGCAUGGAAGCAAAAUUUUGGAAAUGUCUGUUACAUUGGCUGUUACCAUUCGAGAACUUUUACGCCUUAAGAAUGCAGGGAAUGAAGCAGUUCGUUCUGGUAGGUAUACAGAAGCAGGAGAGCAUUACACUAUUGCUUUGUCAAGCAAUGUUGAGUCACGGCCUUUUGCAGCUAUAUGCUUUUGCAAUCGUGCUGCUGCGCACCAAGCUUUGGGUCAAAUUGCUGAUGCAAUUGCAGAUUGCAGUCUGGCAAUGGCCCUUGAUGAAAAUUAUACAAAGGCAGUUUCAAGGAGAGCAAGGUUACAUGGGAUGAUCAGAGACUAUGGACAAUCAUCUAGUGAUCUUCAAAGACUUAUCAACAUUCUUGAAAAGCAAUCUGAUAAAAAAUCUCACCAGUCUGGCGGUCAGGAUAGAACUACUGGCAACACAAUGGAGUUAAGGCAAGCUCAACGUCAGUUAUCAUCCGUGCAAGAAGAAGCCAAAAGGGGAAUCCCUUUAGAUCUAUACCUCAUUUUGGGAGUUAAACCAUCUGACUCUAUAUCUGAUGUUAAAAAGGCAUACCGCAAAGCAGCGCUCAGGCAUCACCCCGACAAGGCUGGUCAAUUUCUGGUGAGGAGUGAGAGUGGAGAUGAGGGGAGACUCUGGAAGGAAAUUGCUGAGGAAGUUCACAAGGAUGCCGACAGGCUGUUUAAAAUGAUUGGAGAGGCAUAUGCCAUACUAUCUGAUACUGCUAAGCGGUCAGAAUAUGAUCUUGAAGAGGAAAUCAGAAAAGCUCCCAGGGAAAGCAAAGGCAGUCCUUAUGAAAGACCACCAGAUGAGUAUGCCUAUCCUUAUGAGAGGAGUUCAAAUAGACGAUAUUGGCAGGGGAAUUGGAAGACGUAUAGAGAUUCUCAUUCUCGCUGGUAAGAGGCCUAGAGAAGGAUUAUGCUCUUUGCCAUGUAACCCCAAUUUUCAUUAAGAAAUUGGAGCAGCUUCUACAUUGCACCAGGUCCUUGAUGGUUCCAUGAGAAGUGAUUGCCAUUGGUUUGGUCAGAUGCUGCUGGCAUUGAGUAUAUCCAGCUAAAAAGUCAAGAGUGGCAAGAAGAAUUACAGUUUUGAAUCUUGAUGCGUGGUCACUAUUCAUACGAUACCUCUAGAAGGCACUCGGAGCACUGCUCAAGUUAAUUUUAGGAUUGAAAAAGAAAGAGUUUGGUGCUUUGGACUUUUGAAACUCAUAAAUGAGUGUACAAAACGUAAUGAUCAUUGAUUUUAUAGUCAUGAAGAAAAUAGAAGAUACAUAUUCCAUUGUGAAUUGAUGUCGUUGCUCCCUGGCCGUCUACCGAAGGCAGGUGGACGUUGCUUGAAGUUUAUGAUGGUUUGGUUCAUUCUUUUUCCCGCUGCUUAUAAUGGAAAACUGCAUCGACCAUAAAAUAAUAACAAGUGAGGGAAUCUGUGAAGUUAGAAGGUUAAUCUGGAGGAGAGGAAUCCUGGUGGUAAGCCAGGGGAUUGAUGAUUUAAUUAGUGGAGGCCUCCAGGGUGAUUGAAUUUGGAUGUUUGGGUCUUCAAUGAACUAAUUAUUCAGAAACAAGAGUAAUGCUAGAGCUCUUUACGCCCA